CCAGCACCGGGCGAGGGGACAGCUCCGGGGCGGCUCCGCGUUAAAGGGCGGCGGAGCGGGGAGAGACAGAGAGAGAGGCAGGACGGAGAGGAGGGGAGGGGAGGAGGCGGCCCGCAGCGCUGGGUUACGGAGAAGAGGGAAGGGAGCUUCCAGGACAAAGUGGAGCUUUGGCAAAAAUAGCUCUUUCCAGGGUUAGGCUUUUUUUUUUUUUUUUCCUUCCUUCUUUCAGCCGAGCGCCCGGGGGAAGUGCCCCCAUCGCAGCGGACGCCCAAGCUGUCGGCCUGAGGGGCACCUGAAGCAGAAUGUACCAGGGACACAUGCAGGCAGUAGGUGAAACCUUGAAGAAAAAGUGGCUCUGUCUUCAAAAAAGUGACCUGACCUUUGCUUUGGGGAAAGGCGCUAGGGCAGCUGAUAAGGCUGUUGCCAUGGUGAUGAAGGAGAUGCCAAGGGAGGAGUCCGCGGAGGAGAAGCCCCUCCUCACAGUGACGUCACAGCUGGUGAAUGAGCAGCAAGAAAGCAGACCACUUCUGAGCCCCUCCAUUGAUGACUUUCUCUGUGAAGCUAAACCAGAAGCUGUUGCAAGGCCUGUAACAUCAAAUACUGCAGUGUUAUCAACAGGUUUGGAUCUCUUGGAUCUUAGUGAACCUGUCUUACAAACCCAAAACAAAGCAAAGAAAUCAGAGAAUCCAUCAAGAGGUGAAGGCUUAAAAGCUUCAACCCACAGAAAGAAGACAGACAAUUCUGACCUUAUCAAUGUGGACACUGAGCAGAAAGCCCAGACCGUCAGAGUUUCAGACAAGUCUUCACUAGAUUUAGUUGAUAUUCAGACACAGCUAGAGAAAUGGGAUGAUGUCAACUUUCACGGAGAGAGGAGCUGCAAGGUCCACCCUUCUGCAGAACGAACAUCAUCAUCAUCUAGAGCUCCAUCAAAAGAGCUUUUAUGGUCCACAGAAAAUAGAUCACAGUCUGAGCUGACUAAUGUCAAGAGUGCCUUGGACACUGAUUCAACAUCAGAACUAGAACUUGCACCUGCAAUACAGGCACGAUCAGCUAAGGAGCAACGUUGGGGAGGGCCUCUUCUCUCUAGAAAUCACUCCUUGGAAGAAGAAUUUGAAAGAGCAAAGGCAGCUGUUGAGUCAGACACAGAGUUUUGGGAUAAAAUGCAAGCAGAAUGGGAAGAAAUGGCUCGCAGGAACUGGAUUUCAGAGAACCAGGAAGCACCGGGACAAGUCACCAUCUCAACCAUUGAGAAGGGAUAUUAUUUUCAUACAGAAAACCCCUUCAAAGACUGGCCAGGUGCUUUUGAGGAAGGACUUAAAAAAAUGAAAGAAGGUGACCUGCCAGUUACAAUCUUGUACCUGGAGGCUGCAAUUCUACAAGAACCAAAUGAUGCAGAGGCCUGGCAGUUCCUGGGUAUAACACAGGCAGAGAAUGAAAAUGAGCAGGCAGCCAUUGUCGCCCUCCAAAGGUGCUUGGAACUACAGCCAAACAACCUAAAAGCUCUGAUGGCACUAGCUGUAAGUUAUACGAACACUGGCCAUCAACAAGAAGCGUAUCAAGCUCUAAGAAACUGGAUAAAGCAAAAUCCAAAAUACAAGUAUAUAGCAAAAAGCAAAAAAGGGUCCCCAGCACUUACCAGGAGAAUGUCUAAAACAUCAGACGAAAGCUCAUUACUUGAAGAAGUAAAGGAUUUAUACCUGGAGGCUGCUCACCAGAAUGGUGAUAUGAUAGACCCUGACUUGCAGACAGGACUUGGAGUUCUUUUCCACCUGAAUGGAGAAUUUAACAGAGCAAUAGAUGCAUUUAGUGCUGCUUUAACUGUUCGUCCAGAGGACUAUACAUUAUGGAACCGUCUUGGAGCAACCUUGGCAAAUGGGGAUCGAAGCGAAGAAGCCGUUGAGGCCUACACACGUGCUUUAGAAAUACAGCCUGGCUUCAUUAGGUCCAGAUACAACUUAGGCAUAAGCUGCAUCAACCUAGGGGCAUACAGAGAGGCUGUCAGCAACUUUCUCACUGCUCUCAGCUUGCAAAGAAAGAGCAGAAAUCUACAGCAGGUUCCCCGUCCUGCUUUAUCAGGCAAUAUUUGGGCAGCACUUCGAAUUGCUCUGUCUAUGAUGGACCAGCCAGAACUGUUUCAAGCUGCCAAUGUGGGUGAUCUAGACAUUCUGUUACGAGCAUUUAAUCUAGAGCCGUAGUAAAAAGCAUCCACAAAUUGAUUAAGUUGUAUUAGGAAACAGAGAACUCUUUUAUUACUCAUCUCAAAAUGACAAUAUCUUCCAAAAGAUCACACCUGUAGAUCGGUAGGGGAAUUCUCUUGGACAUUAUUCAAAAAGGAAAAGUUCAAAAGCACAAGAUAUUGUAAAUAGGUUCAAACUCAAAAGAUCAAAAUGAGCUGCAGCUAAUCUGACAGAGCCCUGAACUCAAUGAAAUAGCCAUUUCUGAAGAAUCUUCAUCCCAUGCAAGCUAUCUCUCUAUAUAUGUACACAGCUAUACAAAGAAAAAUAUAUUAAGAACAAACCUAGGUAAUCAUUAUUGCACAUUUAGAAUGGCAAGCAACGCAUCCAAGAAACCUGCUUAGCAGCUCAUCACACUAUACUGACAUCACUUUGCCCUACAACAUGGAUUCCCUGUCCUUUUAGUUUCUUUGAAAAAUCUUCUUGAGGUCCAUCUUCAACAUAGCUCUGAAAAUAGAUGCAUGUAAAAUGGACGUAUUUUGUUUUGAAUAUAUUUAUUAGUUGGAAGUCAAGAAAAUCUUUGCUUCUGAAGGUACCUUGAUUAAUUUGGGCCAAAUUCUGCAGGCUCACGGUGUUGUAAACUAUGUGCAAUAUUAAGAAGAACAUUGUACAAGGAGGCCUAUGAGAUUAGGCCAUGUAUAUAUUGGAAGGACAAGUGUUUCAAGCAGAAGCAGUAAUUUGCACUAGAAUUGUUGCUGUUUAAACCAGCUCUCUCUGAUCAUGGACAGAGUAUGUCUGCUUCUAAGGAGCUCAUAGCAGGAUCUGCACCUAUCUAUGUGUACUUAUGCACUUUAAUCUUUCUUUUCGUAAAAUUGUGCUGUGCUUUAUUUUUAUUUUAAUUACUAACAGCAGAAUGUACAGGAUAGCCUUGUUGGCAUAGAGGACCAAAUAUCAUUUCCUGAAACGUGAUAAGAGGGUUUUCAAUAUUCUUAUGUUUAAAAAAUGCAAGUACAGUAUAAACUGCAAUAUCUAUUAGAAAGAUUAUUCUAUUAUGCAUCAGGUACUACACACAUGCAUGCAUGUGCAUGCACAUACAUAUUAUGUGAAUUAUGUCAUUUCAGAACAUAAUAAGCCACAGAUCUUUAUUGCAAAUAAAGAAGAGUCUUUAUAGGAGUUAAUGCCUGCAGACCAUACUUGAAGGAUUUUUUCCUGAAAAGAAUGGUCUAAAUAAUGCUUGUAGGAUUGGAACUGAGAUUUAAUCCUGCUGUUAUGGUAAACAGUAGCAAAAGUUUCAGUGGACUCUGUGACUAAAUGACAAAAUUUAGCAGACUAAAUCCUUAGAUAACAUCAGUAUUUGUAGCUACUUAAAAAUAUGUAUGCAUAUCAUCUUAAUUUUCCCUGAUUGGAUGAAUGAGGUACAGUAUUAAGGAAGGAGGCUGCACUGCCACAUGAUGAAUGGAUCGAUCUGGGCACAGUGCAAACACAUUUAGCUUGAGGUAAAUGUGUCAAUCAAAUACAGGAAUAUCAUUUUUUAUGGGGAUAACUCUCAGUGGCCAAUACUUUUAAUACUUUUUUUAAACAGUGGAAGAACAAAAUGUAAUUGGGUGGCUACUGUGUCGAUUCAUGGUCAGGAAUGUAACGUGCAGGGUAGCCACUGGAAUGUGACGAAGUGGGACAAGCAGCACAUUUCCUAUAAACAGCAGUGGGGAGAAAAAAAAAAAAAAGCUCAAUCAUCUGUUUAAAAAGCAAAAUGCACAAAAUUCUGUGGGUAUUGGACAGUUUCACUGGUACAAACCUAAACUUUCUUGCAGCUAUUUGUUAUUCUGAGCAACCGCUUAAAGUAACAUUUCAUGUAAGAUAACAUAAUCACUGCAUCUAAACAUCAACUAUAAUUUGUUAAAUAAAAAUAAUCAGUUAUUGUUAAAAAUAGGAGGUUUACUCCUCACUCUCUCCCACAGAAUAGAGGUGCUGAAAUAGCUACAGGAAAUUUUUAGUAGUGCUUUAUUAAUUCAUUGUUUAUAUAUAUUCCUGUUUAUCUAUCAAGCAUAUAACAACUGAUUCCUGCAAUUUCCUCUAAGGAUUGGUUAUCAAGGACUGCCUGGGAAUGUCAUUUUAGCUAAGUGGGUUGCUGUAUGCAUAUCUGCUGACAACAGUUUGCUCUUUUGCUUUGACAGCGAUGUGUGAUGACAGCCCUUUAUUGAUAAGGCAGAGCAGAAGGUGCAGUGCAAUUGAAUCUGGAAAGUGAUAAGAGAGAAGGGAGGCAGCUUUGUGAAGAGGCUGUAAAGCAAAGGCAUAUGUGCUUAGAUUUUCCUGGAUGCCCUGCCAUCACACAUGUUCUAGAACAUCCUCUGUGCGGUCAGAUAAUUAGUGCAUAUCCAGAGGAAUGAGCUGCUCAAGAGUUAUAUUUUUAUACCUUUCGAAUCAACAAACUUAACUGCUUGACUUCAGAGUCAGAAUGACAAGGAGUAUUUGGUAUUGAUGACAGUUAACUAAACCUCUUUUUUUUUUCCCUCUAGCAUGUGUACGAGUAAUACAGCAAUUCUGUUAGAAAAACCUAAUGCAACUCUAGUUUGCAUUCCGCAACCCACCCCCAAAAAAGUAGGUAACUUGAUUUAUCCUAGGAUGCACUGCUCAAAACCACAUUCCUCUGGCAGUACACAUCCACUCCCACGUGAGGAAGGCUGCCUGCAUAAACCUAGCAAAAAAACCACAAGGGCUGAACUCUGCCCCCUGAGGAUACUCAAGCCCCCAGUUCCUCACAAGCAGUGCAGUCCCGCUGUACAGGACAAGGGCUCCAAAAAGCCCACCCAAAGAGAUUGUGCGCACUCCUGGAGAUUACCCCAGCAGUUCCCUCCUGUUUCAGAUAGGUGCUUAGCUGGCCGUAGGCUACCACUGAACAACAUAUUGUGCAAGGGAGACCAAAGCAAGCUUUCUGGGGGCAGUGGCACAUCUCCUCACACCCUGCCAGAAACCAGUUCUGGCCUGGCCUGUGCAGGAAAACAGCCGCUGACAGAGCUCACCUUACUCUAACAGGUCAGGCUUCUCUGUGCUCAGUAGCUCUUGCUACUUGAGGACAGCGCUGUGUGCGCUUCAGUGUCCUGGGCUUUAUCGUCCGCCUUUAGCCCCCACUGCCAAGCCCUGUCAGCACCCAAGACAGGGCUCAGUACAGCUUUGACCUGACCCCCUUGUGUUGUUUCUUGCAUUUUUGGUAGCCAGUGUGUGUAUUUGCCUGUAACAGCAAGAAGAAACGUAAAGAGCCUGCAGCAUAUUAACACCUUGAAAAGGAAAUGCAUCUACUUGUACUUCUAACAAGGCACAAGGCAGGAUAAAUAAGAAAGGCUGCUGAACUGUAGCAGAUUGAGCCUGAGAGUGAGAGACAGAAUCUGGAUCCUCUUCUCAGUGCUCCCUGUGAGCUCCACCAAGUCCCCAACUUGUCCAGGUGUGCAACGAAGGAAGGGCAAGUGACAGUCACUGCACGUGGUGGCACUACACAAGAGCAGGGGAAUGCUGCUGUCUCACAGACUGUGUGCCUGAGGUCACUCAUGUAAAUUCAGAGAAGGCAACACAGGAGUACAGGGUUGCUCAGCUCUAAGUAAGGAAGCAGUUUUACAUAAAGACUAGAAAUUUCAGCAGCGAAGAGACCCCAAGACCAUUCCAGGAUUACAACUGUAGAACAUCUAUGGGGUGGUACCAAAUUAGAGUGCUGCAAUGGUUUAUCAGUAUCUCCCACUCCUGCUUCCCCUUGUUCUUACUCCCCUCUUUCUCCAGAGGUGAUUUAUCACUGCCAGGUAAUUGACUCCCAAUUUUUGAGUCUUUCCUCUUUUACAUAUUUCAUGCAAUUAAAAAGCACUUUCCUAACCCAAGCUUGUGUCUACCCUCUCCUCUGCAAAAGUUUAUGAAUAUUUAUAACAAGUCUGAUCCAUCAAGCUGCUAAACACUGAAAGUCUGUAGUCUUUGCGUGAUCAGCUCACAUGCAGCUGCCUGAUGAGGGCUGACCUCUGAUACCACUGCACAUGCUGAACAGUCACCGAAAUCAAAAUGAUUAUUUAUGGAGCGAAGCUUUACAAUGAAAGCAAUAGGCUCAUUUCUUGCUGAUUUCUUCAAACUGUAAUGAUUAAACCCAUUGUUGCAGUAGACUGUUUUCUGUCGGUUUAAAGUGUUGGUUUGAUCUUCAGAUAAACACAUACAUACCUGUAUGCAAUGGUAUUUUAUUAAGACCUGAUAAAUAACAGCACUUUUAAAAAUACUGAGGAGAAAGUUCCUGUAACACAAUGCCUCACAUGACAAUAGUGCAUGCAACUACACUAAUGAAUAACUGUACUGAAAUACUAAUACUAAGCAUGCAGCAUUGCUACUUGAGUAUACAUUUAGAAAAAGCAUGCAGAAGACACACAUAGGGUGUUUUUAGGCUAUUAAUUAGUAUCUUCUAUGGGAUGUUUUAAAAGCACUUUGCAUCUGCCAAACUCGAAAUCAAGUUCAGGUUAUUUGUAACAGUUUAGACAAAACACAGAGCCCUUUUUAAAUCCCACCCUUAGAAAAUCACUGCGUGUUGUGGAUCUCACGUUUGCUUGAAGUCUUUAAUUAAUUACAGACAUCUGCACUAACUGCUUUUGCAGACAAAUUUUGGUACCCUCUUCAGAAUCAGAAAGCCAAAUGUGUGCAGCUUUUCCAGGGAAGCUGGGUGUUUGGAUUUUCACAUUUUCUUUACUAGCCUAACCCACAUAGCACCAAACCAGAGAAAAAGAUUCCCAGAGCCAUUGAAACAACUACUGUCUUGCUCUACACGUAGCAGGGCCAGGCUUUUCAAACUUGCCCACUAGCUCUGAAGGCUGCCUGCUGUCUGACUGUCCUGUUUGAAACUUCGAGAAUCGCAGACUGGUUUGGGUUGGAAGGGACCUUAACGACCAUCCAGUUCCAACCCUCUGCCAUCGGCAGGGAGCACCUCCCACUAGCCCAGGUUGCCCAAAGCCCCAUCCAGCUUGGCCUUGAGCACUUCCAGGGAUGGGGCAUCCACAGCUUCUCUGGGCAAUGUGAACGUAAAAUUUCACAGCAUCUGAGCACCUGCUGUAUGCACGGGUUUCAGCUGCAGAUGCUCAAUUCAGCUGAAAUCUCAGCACAUCAGGCACAAAGAGCUAAUGAGCCAAUUUGGAAAACUUGGACCCGUCUGUCAGGUGUAAAAGGAGGACCCUGACAACACCAACGGGUGCUCCACAAACGUUCAUAGGAUCACAGGCCCCCAUGACAGGAAUAAUAACUGCUGACAUUACCAGCAGCCACAGAAGCGAAGACCGAGGCCUAAAUCAUUGCCUGUUAAAGCCAGUGAGAAUUGGACUGACACAAAUCGGUUGUAGAUCUCUCUUGCCUGAACGUGCAUCUGCAAAAUGAGGCACAUUAGUUACUUCACAUGAAUAACCUGCGCAGUUGACAAACGGAGAUUUCUGGUCACCAGUGUUGUCAGCUUUGCAGCCUGUACAGUGAAUUUAUGUAAUUAUGUUUAUAAAAUACCAAGUAUUCACAGAUAGAAGUGAUAGACAAAACGCACUGCAUGCUGUGAAACAACUGAUGGGUGGAUAUGCAAUACAGUGUUAUCUACUAUUCAAACCUCAUCUAGGCUAGAAAUCAAAUUACUUCAUUACGGUUCUAUUUUUGGACUGGUGAAAUAAGUCAGACACAAGAGCACCAUGCAUGAAGAGACCACAGAUGCUUUGAACAAACCUUGGCAAAAUGAAAAAUGUCGCAGAACCCACAGAAAGUUUCAGAGCCUCAGCCCACAAAGCAAUAGGUACUAUGCCUGGGAGAGAGACAGAAGGAACCUAAAGUUUCCUAAAAUAAGCUGUAACUUUACAAAUGCUUGCACAUAUGACAGCAAGCUUGCAUGGUCAAGAUUUAAUGUGCUUUGAUCUUUUUUCCCCUUCCACAUUUACAGAAUGUCAUUGACAUUGGCUAAAACUUUAAUUUAAAUAGCCUUUUUAAUAUCAGUAAUUAUUGUAAAUUCAGAAAAAUCAAAGCAUUUAUAAAUAUAUUUUAUAUAUCAGAGUAUAACAUAUCUAGAUUCAAAUAAAACUAUAUAGUUUUGAAAGGCAUUCUGUGCAGCUUCUUCUAUAUGCUGUAAACUGUUUCAAAAACCUUUGCUAUCUUGCAUCAGUUUUUUUGGCUUUAUUUUUAAGCCAACAUACAAGAAAGAAGGGACUAGGGUUAGCAGAUACUUUCACCUCGGCUGUCAGAGGAGCCCUGCUGCUGCACAGACUUACAUUGCUCACUUAACGCCUCUGUCGAUGGGUCGGUGGACGUGCAGGGUGCAGCACGCGGAGGUGGGAGCUCAGCCCUACACCUGAAUGUUUACAUUCCCUUACAAAGGCCCACACCGACCCAGACUGAGCACCUGGGUCUGUAAGUACAUGAGGAGUAAAAAAUACCUUUCUUACAACAACUAACUCGCCUCUGCAUACGUAGUGCAUUAUCAGCUGUGUAUUAUAUUAAACACAGAGCUGUAGUUUACUGAUGCUUUACGUUGAUGUUUCCUUGCACUGCUCUUUAAAAUAAUCUAUUUCCUCAGAAAUGAACUAUGUGCAUAUUGGAUGUGUUAAAUUUAUUAAGCUCAUAGAUUACUAUUUGCAGAGCACCACAUUUAAUGUAGUAUUUUUGUACUGUAAUGGAAGCAUGCCUUCCUUGGGUUCUUUUCCACAUACUAAAUUGUAUUUAUUUACCUGUAUUUAUAACUGUGCAAUUUUUAAAUAUGUUUUAAAAAUAAACUUUGUCUGUGGCUUCAAAUAUUUCCAAAUCUGUUCUCAAUUUGAUGAUGGUUGUGACUUUAAUUACCUGAAAUGAAAAGAGGGACCUACUUCUCCAAGUGAAAUAAAGGAUUUUUAAUAUGAGGUCUUCUUUCCUGUUUAUGACAUAGUAGUGCUUCUCUGGUUAAAAAUAAAGCCUAGAAGAGGCUUUUUCCUUAUCAAAAGAUUUUUAAUAAACUCAUCAAGUUACUCUGA